AUGGGCCAAUUGAGUCAGACUACGCGUAAAUUGGUCCACUAUAGAAGAGGAAUUCGAAAUUUUGAAAUAUCUUCUCAGAAAAAAGAAGAGAUGGCGGGAAACGAUUCACAGAAGCAAUUUCUAACUCUUCUCCGCGAAUUCGCAUCUGAAAAAUCUCAAGGAGAGCGAAGAAUAGUAAAUCACAAGAAGCGAAAUCAACAGCUGCAAUCAGAGCUUCAACUUGCAUAUGCGGAGGUAGAAGAGGCGAAGAGUCAGAAGGAGACUGCUGAGCAAGAGCUCAAAGUCUAUGAAGUAGAAUUGGCCAGGAAUGAGUCUGCAAUUCAAACCCUAGAGGAAGGGAUCCUUUGGAUUCAAGAUGAAUUGUCAGCGUAUGGAUCUAAUGUUGAGUCUCUCAAGAAUAAAGAAGCAGAAACUCGAGAUGACUUCAUAGAGAAAAUGCUUGAGCUCAAUGCACAGAUAAGGAAAUUCCAUGAGUCAAUAGCAUCUAUAUUCCGAAGUGAUGAUUGCAGCACGUCAGCAUCAAAGCCUGGUUCAGCUAAAGCCAAAGCAGAAGAUGCUGAAGCUUUCAAAGGAGACCUCCAGAAUAAGCUAGCUCAGAUAGUUUCUCAGAUCACUAAGGAAGAAGAGGGAUACCAAGUUGAACAGAAUAUUCAUCGGCAGGUUGCAGAAGAGUUGAAUAUUUUGGAAAGUAAAGCAUCACUGAUAGAGGGAAUCACAAAAGAAAAUAUGGAAAUGCAGGAGUUAGCCAGAUAUCCUUGAAUUUCUGUUGUUUGGUCUUCUGCUAUUUAAUGCUAAUUAUAUAUUAUGUUCAGCUCAUUUGUAGAAGAAAAAUCAGUCAACAGGGGAUCUAAAAAUUUCAUGAACUAUUCCACAUUUAGACAAUAGUCUCAUUAUAUGUUUACUGUAUUACUGAGAAACUCUUUCACACCUCAAAAAAAUACAUAUGAAAUCGGCACCCUUGCUUUAGAUUUGUCAACAAUCGUUGUGUCCUUGACUGGAAGUAAGCAGACUUCUGAAUUGGAAAACAAAUGUGCUUCCCUUGGAGAUGAGCUACAGAGGAGGUCGGUAUGUCCCAAAUGUCACAAGGACAAUACAGCUGCAUUAAGUCAAAUUCUUCAAGCAGGCGAUGAAAAUUAGCUUCUUGUAAGUAGUCCCUGACAUUUUAACUGAUGAUAGUCAAAAGUAAGACACUGAGGUGCUUACACUUCUGCCCUCAUGUCUUCCAUUGGCUUUAUGUGUGACUAAGCUUUGGUUUACUACAAAUAGGGCUAGUUUGCAUAAUUGACACUCCUAGUUUUUCUACUCACUCUCCCCUAUACAUCCCAAAGAACAAAUGUAAUGGAAGCUGUAAAACGAGACAUACUUUUACCACAAGGAUAAUUGUGUUCCUGUU